AGCGUGCACAGGCAACAGUCUGGACUUCCCACUCCCGUCAGGAGCUGCUCUCAUGAAGGCUGGGCUCUUUUAUUACCGGGGCUGUAGAUUUAAGACGGGAAAUUAUCAAGUGCUUCAGUCUGAUUCAGAGUUGCUCUGGGUGCUGUAUGGUGGAUCACGCAGUUUCUGCGCGCACAGACGUUUCCAUGGGAUUUUACGCACGCGUCGCUGCAGAAAAGCGACAGGAAAACGCUCUUGGUGGCAUUUUCUCGUCUUAAGCACAACCCAGCAGGUGUAAAACUCCCAGUGCGGCAAUAACUUAUAACUCUAAGACAAUUAUUACUCUUGGCGACACUCUGAACGUGUAGUGCCAAAAUGUUUCCCUGGCGGCGCGCCUGUGCCUCGGUUUCCACGCCAGAACUGUGGACUGUUCGCCUGCCGCUGGCUUUACAGCGCUUCCAACGUUUCACUGGAUUAUAACUGAGGGAAGUAACCUGUUUUCUGUAGAAGCGGCCUCAUUAACAAGGGUCACUUGUGCUUUGAUAAUAUACUUGCCAUCUUUUAAGAAAGAAAAGGAUAGCGCGCUGGGAAACAUUUGGCAGUAGAUAGGCGUUUUAGCACAACGCCGUACCGAGAAGCUCACAGCGAUGCCGCGUCGGAUCCACGUCCUGCUGCUAUUGCUGCACCUGGCUGUGUUGCUGCUGGGUUGGUCGACCGGGGCGGGCCGGGUACGCAAGAAGGCCACCAGGACCCGGUCCUGCCUGGACCUGCCGGAGGAGAUCUUGGAGCAGAUGUUCGGGCGGCUCGCGGUCGGAGUGAUGAGCGCUUUCCAUCACGCCCUGCAGCUGGAGCCGCAGGACAAACUGAACCUAACCUGCCCAGCCACCACACGGUCCACGACCGACGGCAAGACCCGCCUCCCGGUCAACCUGCUCAGCAUCUCCCCCUGGGCCUACAGGAUCUCGUACGACCCGACCAGGUAUCCCCGCUACAUUCCGGAGGCUUACUGCCUGUGUAAAGGCUGCCUGCUCGGACCGUACGGUGAGGAGAGCGACCGGUACCGCAGCACUCCGGUCUACGCUCCCUCGGUCAUCCUAAGGAGAACGGGCUCCUGCGUGGGCGGCCGCCACUCCUACACCGAGAUCUACGUGUCCGUCGCAGUGGGAUGCACCUGUGUGCCGCUGCUGGAGAAACAGCGGGACGGUAACAGCAGCAACCAGAGCCUGGAGAGAGCGCAGCCCAAAGCCAGACAGCGUAUGUCUGCAGGGAAGAAAGUGUGAAGGCAGCGGGACAGUUGUAUUCCAGAUAAGUUUUUCUACACCGGAUCCACAUUGGUUUGGUUGUUUUCUUGUUUUCUUCCACUGGCGCGGACUGAAUGUUUGGAUGACAGACGAUUUGAU